AUGGCUGCGGGGGUUCUGGUCGCUCUCCGCGGCAUCAGUAACAUGUCUGCGCUGUGCACGCAGUAUACCGAGUACCGGCUGGAGAUUCGGGAGGAGCACGAGAUCGCGAAGAUGCCCCUCAAUGUACCGGAUAUCAAGCACUUCCUCACAGCUCGGAACCUCUUCAUUGAGUCAAUGCGCCCAGGAACACAGGAGGUGGAUUGA